AUGGAAGAGAGCAUUGACCCUGCAACCUCAAGCCUUCUGUGUCUGGAAAACGAAAACAUAUGCUUUGAUGAUUUGGAAUGCAGUGCCGCAGAUGGGUCUCCUUACUGGGACCACAAAAAUGUUAACUUUAACAAUCAAUGUCUGAGUAAUGACAACCUUGGAUCGGAACCUAUGGUGGGUUUUCUCGUACCGAGUGAUGAAACUGUUGAGCUUUUGGUUGAGAGGGAGAGAGAACAUUUGCCCCGAGAUGAUUACCUGAAGAGGCUGCGUAAUGGGGACUUGAACUUGAGUGUUCGGAGGGAUGCUGUUGAUUGGAUUUGGAAGGCUCAUGAAUAUUUUGGUUUUGGACCCUGUAGCUUUUUUCUAGCUGUGAACUACUUGGAUCGGUUCAUAUCAGUAUAUGAAUUGCAAAAGAAAGACAUAGGUUGGAGUAUGCAAUUGUUAGCUGUAGCAUGUUUGUUAAUUGCUGCUAAAGUGGAGGAGUGGAAAGUGCCUAAAGCUGUAGAUUUUCAGGAAGCUGUUGGAGAACCAAAUUUUGUAUUCGAAGCUAAAACCAUUAAGAGAAUGGAACUACAUGUAUUAAACACAUUGGGAUGGAAAAUGCAAGCUUUAACUCCAUUUUCCUUCCUAGACUACUUCCUUAGCAAGAUCACUUGUGAGCAGCAUCCAGCAAAGUCAUUCAUUUUAAGAUCAGUAGAGCUCGUGCUUAACAUAAUUAGAUGUAUUGAUUUCUUGGAAUUUAGGCCUUCUGAAAUUGCUGCAGCAGUGGCAAUUUCUGUUUCAAGGGAAUUGCAAGCAGGAGAGACUGAUAAGGCCUUAAAUUGUUUGGCCAUUGUAAAGAAGGAGAGAAUUUUGAAGUGUCUUGAACUGAUAAGAGAUUUGAACUUGAUCAAAGUUUCUGGUAAUUUGCAAAGCACCUUAGCACGAUUUGUACCCCAAAGCCCUGUUGGGGUGUUGGAUGCUGCAUGCUUGAGCUCUAGAAGUGAUGAAGUAAUGGUUGGAUCAUGUACAAAUUCUUCCCAUAAUAGUCGAAAUAUUAAGAAGAUCAAAUCAGAUGGAGCUUCUGAUGGGACUUUCAAGCCAUGA